AUGCCACUGCAGCGCGGCAAGGCUGAGACGACCAGAGAGCCUCAGAGCCGAUCCAGACGCAUCCCUGAUCACGAAUACGAUCAGUAUCGCGAAAAGAUAUUGAGACUAUAUAGAGAAGAGCGAAGAUCCCGGGAAGAUGUCAUUCGCCUUCUUGCACACGAGGAUGGGUUCUCUUUAAGUCUUAAACAACUCAAGCAUGUGCUCCAGAAAUGGGGAGUCAGGAAAAACAUCAAGUCUUCCGACAGGGAAGAUGUCCAGAGAUACAACAUACCCCCGCCAAUUCAGGGCUUCGCAGCGCCCGCCAACUUUCACGCCUUUGAGCUCACAACAAGGCUAAAUGAACCCGCACUGAAACGACGGAGAAUCUGCACGUCUUCUACUGGUUCCGCGGUGCCUGCUACAAGCAAUGGUCUACAACGUCCGUCUUUCGACAAUCCCAUUUAUAACCAUGGAUUCUCCAUUGCGUCAACAGGUCUCGGCUACAGUCAGAGUAUACUUGGAGAUCUUCCCACCCUUUCCCGGGGCUCGUCACCUCUCUAUCAGACAGGACUGACUCUUGAUCAAGUAUUCGGAACGCAAGUAACUAAUCCUGAGACGUCGACUUUCAUCAAUACCAGCUGGCCAAUUGUUCCACAGAGCUUUUCACGCGCUUGGCCGCCAGAGAACAAUUACCCUGGUGCAGGGUCUCUGCCGAACCGCGAAUCUUCUCCUGAAGUGGAUCCAAGAAUCAUUGCCCGUCUCCUUCUCAAUUUGCAUUCAGUAUGCUCAAAAUUCCCGGCAAAUGGACGUCAAUGGCAACACUUCGGCAGGACUUUUGUCGAUACUAUCGAUUCAGCCGGCUUCGUGGCGCUGUGCAACAUCCUGAAAAGUAGGUGGUUCCAAGCUGCGAUGAACUACGUGCUCCAUUACCCCGAGGCGUCUGCUCGGAUGACGGGGCAGCACAGUGCCAUAACCAUGACUCAAGAUACUGGGAGCAAUUACUUUGCUCCCCGAAGUAUCCUGGAGCCAGAAGGAUCGCCAGGCAAUGUUUUGACCAAACUGAAUAGUGCUGACAACGAAAGACCGAGAUGGGGAUCAGCCAAUGUUAUAGGCGUUUGCCAAAGCAAGGAGAGUGACAGAAUCAACUUCGCAAGUAAAGAGCUCCCGAUUCGUUUUCGAAUGGCAGGAGGCAAUCCUUCGAUCCACUCGGUCUCUAUCUCAUAUUUGCCGCGCCCACGCGCACACACACGGGCCUUGGGUCUAUCACUCACCUUGCAAAGCCCAUUCGAUGUGCGUCAGCAGUCUGGAAUCUGUACAGGGCUCAAAACAGUCAAUGUAAUCCCUCAAGAUUCCGACGCGUUUAAAUGUAUCAAACGAAAUGAUCUGUCAGGGUUACAGAAAUUAUUCAAUCUUGGACAAGCCUCGCCUUUUGAUGUCGACCCUGAGGGUGGCUCGCUGCUUUUCCAUGCAAUUCAUCAGGGUCGUUUUGAGAUUUUUCGUCUGCUUUUGAAUGUUGGUGCUAGCAUUGAGAAUGUUGUGGAUAGCGUCGACAUCUUCGUAACGAUAAUGGCAUUAUUCCCAUUUAUCAGAAACAAGCGGGCACAAAAUGGGAAUUCGGUGAAAAUGGCAGAGCUGGUGCGCUCGAAGAAUCCCAAUUUUUCGUCACCUUUUGAGAAUGGCUUGUAUAGGUUUGUUCGCAUGCACGAGCCCCGGUCCGAGGAAAAGGGACCGGUCGUCGCAAACGUCGUGGGAUGUUUGAAAAGCGUCUUCGAAGUGGAAUGGCGGUGUCCGUGUGGACAAACACCACUCCUUUUUGCGUCCUUGACCACGAACAGCAUUGUGGUAAGAGCUUUUGUUGCAAAUGGUGCAGACACCCAGACUACCGAUGGUUACGGUCGAGGUGCCCUGCAUGCGGCAUUGUACUAUCACAGCUUUGUUGUUUGCCCCAAUGGUUGUGGUACGAUGCAAUGCAACUUGUCCCAUGAGUGCACCUGUCCUUUAUACCCACAUACUCACCGGGAAGAUUACUGUGUAACCAAUGGCUUGAGGAAGAUUCGAAUAGGCAGUUUUCGACUCAAACGGACUCUAUUGGUCUUGCUCGUGGACGCAAAAUGCAACCCCAAUGUCCGCGACGUCUGCGGUCUCACCCCCAGCGAUUAUGCACGGAGACGCGACAAGGUCUGGAGAAUAUGGCAGAGGGCGCUCGAGGAGACCGGCUAUGCUUACGACGAGGAGUCAGGCGAGUGCUACAAGACGUAUCUGGAGCCCCUAUGGAGCCAACCUGGGUCCUCCAGAUCAUCCAUGCUAGUGGAUGAAUCGGACUUCUCAGAUUCCGACGUGGAUGUGCUGGUGGGUGAACAGGAUUUCUCAGAUUCCGAUCUGGAAUGUGUCUGA